AUGGGGCUGUUUUCGGCACUCGCCCGCAGGGCCUCUGCGGGUGGCCCGGGCUUCAUCGAGUUUCCCGACAAGGACGCGGGCUUCGAGAUCUGGGAGCUGGGUACCUUCGCGUGCCUUGGCCUCGUCACGGGCCUGCUGGGCGCUCUGUUCUGCAACUCUGUGAAGACGACGCUGAAGGUGCGGCGGCGGAUAUUCCAGCUCGGAAGCCCAACGUCUGCCACCAAGCGCAUGCGCCUGCUCGAGGUUGCGUGCGUUGUGGUGUUCACCAUGUUUAUCUGCCUCUGGCCGGCCGUGAUCGUCGGGUGCGAGGAGGCCCACGCAGGCGACGCGGAGGCGCACCGCAGGCUCGGCGGCGGCGCGUCCGAGGGGCCCCCGGACGUGACGGGAGGCAUCUGCCAGCCCGGGGAGUUCUCCACCAUGGGUUUCAUCCUCCUCUCCCCGAAGGAGGCCGCCAUCAAGACGUUGUUCAGCAGGGAGAUGGCGGCGGGCGCCAAGCUCAGCGCCGGGAGCCUGCUGGCGUCCUUCGUGAUCGUGUGGGGAACCACCAUCGUAACGUUCGGCUCCGCCAUGCCG